CCAGACUGUUGGGGCUGCCACCGAGAAGCGGCGCAUAGACGUGACCAUCCUGGAUCUUGGUAUUGAGAGGAGGUCGUGAGUCGCGCUGCGCAGGCAUCUGCCGUGUGCUGAGCUGCAAGUUGUCAGUAAUGAAGAAAGAUACGGCGGGCAGGCGGAUAUGAAGGCAUUGUGGCAGAGGCAGGCGGUCUUGUAUGUGACCCUACUGGCAAUGGGGAGCCAGUUGAGAGUGCGGAGACGAGCUAGUGAGUCGAGGCGGGGAUGAGUGUGGGCAAUGACGACGCGUGCUAGGUUAUUUUGUAGUCUUUGAAGCUUCCUUAGGUUGCCAGCGGAGGUCCGGACAAGGACGGAGUUACAAUAGUCAAGGCGAGACCCAACUAUGCAACAUGCCAAAGUGUUGGCAAUUUCAGUAGAGAUGAGAGGACGUAUGUGUCUAAGAGCCUUCAGGUGAAAGUUACAUGAGCUGAUGAUAUGGUUGGUUUGACGGUCGAAGGAUAAAGUUGAAUCUAGGAUGACACCGAGGUAGCUGAAGUGGUUGGUGAACUUGAUGCUAUGACCGAAGAUGUGUAUGUGUGUGGGGAGUGCUGCUGAAUUGAGACGUUGCUUGGUACCUAACAUGAUGGCCACUGACUUUUUCGGAUUAAGGGCUAGGUUGUGUGCAGUGAUCCAUUGUUGCACGGCGGUGGUACAUUCCGAGAGCCUCUCGAAUCCAGAUGCAUUGCUAGAAUCGAUGGCGGUGAAUAGAAUCGUGUCAUCCGCGUAUGAGUGAUGCUUAACACCGAAGCUUGCAAUGAGUCGGCCGAUCGGGGAAGUGUAGGCUAUUAAGAGCAGGGGACCUAGAACAGAGCCCUGGGGAACCCCGCAUAAUGCUCUUGUUUCAGGCGAUGUGGACAUGCCCACCCUGACUGAGGAUUGCCGGUCAGAAAGGUACGAAGCUAUCCACUUGAGUGCUGAGCCGCAUAUACCGAAGUCGGAUUUCAGGAGGGAAGUAAGGAGCGAAUGGUUGAUGGUGUCGAAGGCUGACGAAAUGUCCAGACUUACAAGUGCAACAGUUGAGCCGGAAUCAACGAUCGUUAAAAUGUCAUCGAGCACCCUAGUGAGUGCUGUUUCUGUGGAAUAGUUUUGACGGUAAGCUGACUGGAAGUUGCAGUAGUUUGCGGAGGAGGUGACGUGUGGUUGUAGCUGGGCGAGGGCUAGUCGUUCAAGGAGUUUAGAGAGGUUCGAGAGGUUAGUGAUGGGACGAUAACUAGAUGGGUCAUCCGGAUCUAGAUUUGGUUUCUUUAACAAGGGAGAAACCAGGCCAGAUUUGAGGUUGGACGGAAAACACCCCGAAGAGAAGGAGGCAUUUGCGAUGUUCCUGAUCAUGAUGGCGAGUUCCGGAGCACAUUGCUUGAACAAGGAACCUGGGAGCACGUCGAGUGGAGAUGACUUCAAAGGAAGUGAUUCAAUUAAAGCGAAAACGUCUUUUGUAGACACAGGCUUUAGCAUAGUUAGAAGAGUGUCUGGGUUAGUGCUUACAAUUUUAGGUACCAUGAGCGGGGUACAAAGGUGCAAUGUGUCAGUAUACGUGCACGAGUUUGCGAUGGCGAUUAGCUUGUUGUUAAAGUAAGUAUUAAAAGAGGUGGCAAGUUUCAGUGAGGCAAGGGGAUCGCUAAGGUGAGGGACCAUGGUGCUACCAGGAUGGAGAAGAUCUUUGAGAGUUUUCCAUAGAAUGCGCGGGUUUCCGGUUGCUUUUUUGAUGCGUUCCUCAAUGUGGGAGGAACGUGAGACAAGGAUCAGUUUGUUAGUUUUCCUGCAGGCGACUCUGUAAGCAAGUCGAUCAGCAGGUAGACCACUGCGGGAUGCGAUACGUUCAAGACGCCUCCUGGUUCGCUUAGCAAUGAUGGCAUCUCUUGAGAGCCAGUGAGUGUCGUGAGAAGACUGCCUAGCGGUUCGUGAUUUUAAUGGAGCUAGUUUGUCCAGCGCCGCUCUCAUGUCAGCUUCUAGUUGGAGAGCGCAGACGGUUGGAUCCGAUGAUGGGGAUAACAUUGAAAGCGAGUUUGCAAGGAGGUGACGAAAAGCAGAAAAUUCGAUACCCUUAAAAUUACGCAAGUUGCAGGUGAAUUUGAUGGUGAUUGGCUUCGGAAAAUGGAGGGAAGAAAGUAUAAGGCGGUGGUCGGAGUAACCAGUUUGGAAAACUCCCAGUGCAGUGAUGCGUCGGUGCUGGUUAGGUUCCAGAACCAGGUCGAGCAUGCUCUCAACGUUUGUUGACGAAGCUCUGGUGGGGCCUGAGUUUGUGAUGACCAGGUUAUGGCAGGCCAAAGUUGACUCAAGGUGACUAUCGAUGGAGGCUGGGGUAUUGCCGGGGCAAUUGAAGUCGCCUGUAAGCACGAGCCUGUGAGAUGGGUUAGGAAUCAGAUAUAGGAAUUCCGAAAGCUCAUUUACGAAGGUGUUGAUGCUGCCAUCUGGAGGGCGAUAGAUGGAAAUAAUGUAAAAGCACUCGUUGUUAGUAGUAAGGGAUACGGACUGGACCUCGAAUGUGGCCUGAGCCAUUGGUAGAUGGAGCUCUUUAAUUUUCAAGUGAGCAUUGUAAACGACCGCUAAGCCACCACCCCGCUGGUUAGUUGCGCGAGGUUUAUGUAGAACCUUGUAUCCUGGGGGCGCAACUUCCAGAGAGAUAGCUGGCGGGGAGUCUUGCCUGCACCAGGUCUCAGUGAUGAGCAAAAGGUCGAUGUGGUGGUCCGAGAUGGUAUCGUGAAUCAGGGCUGAUUUAUUGGUGAUGGAGCGUGCGUUGAGCAGACCGAGGCGGAUAUGUGAAGGUAGAUGUGAAGAUCCGUGCAGGUGAGGCGUCGAGGGAACAGAGGAGUUGGCUGGUUCGAGGUCGACCUGUGAACGGCGGCCCCUGCCACCUCUGCAACCACGGUGCCGAUGCGGUCUCCGACGUUGGCCUCGGAGAAGCCCAAGGACAGAGAGCGUCCUCAGGAGUGCGGGUUGCAGAUCGUAACACGUGGAAUCGAUGGUGGAGACAUAGGCGCGCAAAUUCCAUCGGGAGGCGAUCAAGGCGCGUGCUGCGCGCGCGUCUCCUGCCGUGGAUUCUCGGGGCUCCUCAAGACCUCCUCCCACCCCCACCGCCGCCCCCACCGCCGUCUCGUGCACGCACCUGCGCGGAACGAAGGAGCGAGACGCGCGCCUUGCUCCAGAGAGUCUCUCCCAUCGGAGCCGAGGCGCGAUCCAGCGGAUAUGUGGUUCCGAGUGGGUCCCAAAUCUCUCCUCGCUCUCACGGUCACCGCCACCUGCCUGCUGAUGCUGCUCUCGCUGCUGCUGCUGGUGCCAGGCUCCAGGAGAACGGCGGCGCCCCUGACCCUCCCCGCGCGGGACCCGACCGACGAGCGGACGCAAGCGCCUCCACUCGCCCGGCCCGCGGCGCCCUCCGAGGGGGCGGGAGGGUCACGCAGGGCGCCGUCGGGCCCCGUUCACGUGGAGAUGACCCGCGCGUGGGAGAGCUGGAAUCGGCGGCGCAGCGACGGCGUAGGGGCGACGCCCCCCCGGGGGCAGCUGCUGUGCGCUCUCCAGGGACUGGUGCGGCGCGGCACCGAGGUGCUGCGGCGCCACGAGGCGGCCGGGGCGCCGGGGCGCAACGCGCUGCCCGCGGUGUCCCUCGCCCGGCAGCUGGCGGGGAAGUGGCAGCGAUGCGCCGUGGUGAUGAACGCGGGGUCCCUGUUGCGCGCUCAGCUGGGAGCAGAGAUCGAUGGCCACGACGCGGUCAUGCGCUUCAACUCGGCACCCACGGCCGGCUAUGAAAUUCACGUGGGCACCAAGACCUCCAUUCGCCUCGUCAACUGGCAGCAACAGCAGUGGAAGGGCCAUGUGAAUAUCACGUUCCCGGCGCUCGACGCAUACAUGAAGCGCAGGCGCGAGCGGCCUCGCCAGCCAUUCUACCUGCUGCACCCGUGCUUCCGCCGGGGUUUGUGGGAUCUGGUGCAGCACAACGUGGGGCACGGGGAGCGCAUCUUGGAAAACCCCACUUCGUCGGGGCUUCUGGGAGUAGCGCUGAUGAUGAGCCUGUGCCAGGAGGUGACCGUCUACGACUUCAUCCCCCCGCGAGGCCGUGCCACGCGGCAGUGCCACUACUUCGAGCCCACCCAGAACCCGGAGUGCACCCUGGGCUCCUGGCACCCCCUCAUGCAGGAGAAGCUGCUGGCGAUGCACCUCUCAAACCCGCCGGCUCAGCACGCCCUCCAGAGCGGGCGUCUCGCCAUGCCCGGCCUGGCCAACCUCACGUGUUCCGCUCGGCACGAAUAGAAACGCGCUACCCAAGGGCUCUUUUAUCCGUCUUACCCGAUGUGGGUAACCUCUGAUUGAAUGUAUCCAUAUUCUUAGUUUUUUUCGGUAAAGUCACGUAGAUAAAAAAUUUAAAUUAAUAAAAGUAAAAUGAAAAAUAAAAUAAAAAUCACGACGUUUCGGAGGCAACACACGCUUCCGUCUCCGAAACCUCAUAAUUUUUAUUUUAUUUUUAUUUUACUUUUAUUAAUUUCAAUAAAAAUGUUUUAUCUACGUGACUAAGAAUAUGAAUCCCUGCAGUCACGAAAGCUUCAAAUCUAGAAUGAAUGUAUCCACUUUGCAGUUCAAGCAACUGAUGGUGAUGACAACUGCCAGGUUUGGGAAAUCUUACCUGAUUCUAUAUUUUAAGCUUUCGUGACUGCAAGUAUUCAUAUUCUUAGGUUUUCGGUAAAGUCACGUUUUGAUUACGUGACAAACGUGAAUUUUUAUUUUAUUUUUAUUUUACUUUUAUUAAUUUUGAUUACGUGACAAACGUGAUUUUUAUUUUAUUUUUUAUUUCACUUUUAUUAAUUUGUCACGUAAUCAAAACGUUUUGAUUACGUGACAAACGUGAUUUUUAUUUUAUUUUUAUUUUACUUUAAUGUAUUUUUAAAAAAAUUUACCUACGUGACUUUACCGAAAACCUAAGAAUAUGAAAUCUUACCUGCCCGGUCUGGGUGAACUCACCUGCUCUGUGGUGAGCAUUAUGGGCCACAGUUGGUAGCACCGUGGUAGCAAGUGCCUCGUUUAUACCAUGAGUGUUUAUACCAGUUAAUGCUAUAAACACUUUGUAAAUUAUCAAUCACGUUAUAAACGGAGAUCAUUUCUAUUGAAAAUAAUGUUUAUACUGCACAAGAUUAACAUUAACAACUGACAUAAGUAAAAGAAAUAUAGUGUGCCGUAAAAUAUAUUCACACUUGGCAUUGUAGUCUUGGGUGCAGUCAUAAUGUUGUAGUCUCCACCAAACACCAUAGCCCCAUAGAUUGGCGUCCUGGUUCGACUCCCCACCGCGUGACGUCGCUCUGGCGCUCACCGAGCGGUUUCUGAGUUUAUAAGGCAAACAAGAAAUAGUCAUACCCCGAUUUACGUCUCACUGUUUUACGACGUUUCGGAAAUACGGCAUCACUUUAUUAAUACCGCCGCCUUUUUUGCAUCGCCUCAACGCACACUUACAUCGCUGGCAGUGUCGUCCGUCCUUUCAACGUUUCCGUCGCCUCUCACCCGUCGACUCUGUGAGUCGCUCCGAUUGACGUCGCUUCCAUUUUCGUGUCCGCACCUCUUUCAGGAACGCAUCCCCGACGUAAAGCGGUGUAUUACUGGGUGGACUGUAACUGCUUUUGCUCAUAAUCAACGUUUUUGGGUUGAGAUCGCGUUAUUUAUAAAUGUGUCGUAAC